AUGGCGCAGGACCGCGACCGCGACCGCGACGAGGCCGCCUUCCAGGCCGCCACGCUGUCCGUGAGAUGGGUGCAAGGAUUCCCUAGUCAGAAUGUGCAUUUUGUCAACAAUGACACCAUUUGCUACCCUUCUGGGAAUUAUGUCAUCUUUAUUAAUAUUGAAACCAAGAAAAAGACUGUACUCCAGUGUAUUAAUGGAAUUGUGGGUGUCAUGGCAACCAACAUUCCUUAUGAAGUUGUGGCUUUCUCGGACCGGAAGCUAAAGCCCCUCAUCUACAUAUACAACUUUCCUGCAUUGACCAGAAGGAUCAAAUUAAAAGGCAAUAUUCUUCUGGACUACACUUUACUUUCCUUCAGCUACUGUGGCACCUACCUGGCUAGUUACUCCUCUCUGCCAGAAUUUGAGCUGACCCUCUGGAACUGGGAAUCCAAUACCGUCUUGUGCAGGAAAUCACAACCUGGUGUGGAUGUGAGCCAGAUGUCUUUUAACCCCAUGAACUGGCACCAGCUGUGUUUAUCAAGUUCAAGUAUUGUGAGCGUGUGGACCAUUGAAAAGUGCAAUGAGGAGCAUUAUUUAAAAUCAAAGUCAGUAAAACUUCCUCUAGAAGAUGGAACAUUUUUCAAUGAAACAGAUGUGCUUUUCCCCACUUCAUUGCCCAAGGACCUCAUUUAUGGACCCGUGCUACCACUGUCAGCCAUUGCUGGGCUAGUGGAUGAAGAGGCAGAAACUUUCAGGCCCAAAGAUGAUAUCUACCCUUUGCUUCACCCCACAAUGCAUUGCUGGACUCCAACAAGCGACCUGUAUGUUGGUUGUGAAGAGGGUCAUCUUCUGAUGAUUAAUGGAGAAACCUUGGCGGUGACUGUGCUGCAGAAGCAAGAGGAGAAUUUACCAGAUGGAGCAGAGCUCAUGAGUCCAAUCACCAUGGUAUAUCAGAAGAAUGGCUUGCUGGCUUCUGGAGUUGAUGGUAUUGUGUACUCUUUCACAAUUAAAGAGUCGAGUUACCAAAUAGAAAAUUUUCUUCAGGUUGAAGGGCCAGUGGAAAAUUUAACAUUUUCUCCCAGUUACAAGACAUUGCUGAUUCAAACAGACACGGGGUCUGUUUAUAUCUACACCUUUGGUGAGGAGCCAGUUUUAGAUAAAGUCCUAGAUGCAUGUGAUGGGAAAUUUCAGGCAGUAGACUUUGUCACACCUGGAACUAAACACUUCUUGACGCUCACACGCUCAGGUGAAGUUUGCAUUUGGUGGCUAGAGGACUGUACUUGUGUAGGCAAGAUGUAUCUGAACACUACGGCAACCACUCUGGCAUGUUCUCCUUCGACCCUCUCUGCAGCCGUGGGGACUGUGGAUGGCUAUGUGUACUUCCUGGAUAUCGUCAAUGUGGAAUCCCCACGCCUGAUUCAAAAGGCCUUCCUCUCAGCAUCAUCGGUGCAGCACAUCAUCUAUGACCAGUGUGGAACUUACCUGCUCGUUGGAACAGUGGAAGGAAAUAUCUUUAUUAUCAAUGCCAACCCCUCAAGCUCAUUUGAAAUCAUUGGAUUUACGGAAGCAUGCAAAGACAUAGUGCAGAUAUCCACAGUGUCUCUUCCGGAAACAGACAUAGUAGAAGUGCUGGUACUGUCCCCGCUUCCCGAGACAGGAAGAACCAGAAUAGAAAUAUUCACUCUACCUAAAAUACUAACAAAAGUUUAUACAUCUCUUACUGAUGAAAGAGGAAGACUAAAAGAUGAAUUAAUUCACAAGUUCCUGUAUGAGAUUGAGCACGUUGUGUCUUCUGCAGUCUUGGACUUUCAAAGCAACAAAAUAUAUGGCUACUGUAGUCAAGUGCCGUACAUCUGCAGCUAUCCUAUUCCUGACCAUGGUCAGGCUGGUAUUUGCAUACUUAAGCCAUGCCAAAAAGUGCAAAGCAGACAGUACGGGCCUGGAAUAAUCAGUAUGUCUUCACAUGGAUUAUGGCUCCUAACAGCAGCUAAAUGCGGAUUUCUGUGUGUCCGAGAUACUUACACUUUAGAAACAUUUGCUCGGUGUCGGAGUCAUUCACACCAGGGACAUGGGAUUCAGUCCAUGACAAUAUCAAUGGAUGGACAAAAUGUUCUGGUGAAUGGGAAAGGUGACGGCACCCUUGUCUACCUAAAAUGGAAGCGACUUGGAGCAAACUUUGCAAAUGAAAACAUUGAACAUUGCCAGAAACUAGUAACUGCUUUGGUCAGCACAAUGCAGACGGAGACUGAAUACUUAUCUUCAUUAGUGCACGCAGAUGUGGAAAGUGAUGCUGAACAUCCCGCUGAGACUGACCUCUCUGGGAAUAAGUUAAAUUAUGACUCAUCACAAGAGGAAUUAGCCACCCCUCUUUCGAAGAAGGAACUUUCCUGGAUGGAUCAAAAGAGCCAAGAGGCCAUCAAAAAUGAGGUUACACUGUUUUCAAAUAUAAGGAAGGAGAUAAAGACCAGAAUCAAAGAACUUACAAAAACUAUUACGAAGAUGAUGGAAGACAAUGAAGAAUUAAAUAAUAUAGCAAAAUUGGGGCAACAUGAAUUUAGCCUGGACCUUGAUGAGCUGGAAAGGCUUCAUGAUGAGAGUGAAGAGGAGGUGGCAAAGAUAAGAAAGGAUGCAGAGAUGUAUAACUUAGCCAAGAGCUACUUGACAGAGAUCAUCAAGGAAGAGUGCUGGAACUCCAUGGCUGUGAAGGGUCGUGCACUGAAGAGCUUCCACAUUCCCUGUGUGGUUGAGAACUUUCCAAUGAGACCACGCACCAAUGAAGAGCUGGAGGAAUUACAGAAAGUUUUGCAGCAAAAGAAGAUUGAAGCAGAGUGUCUUAAGCUACGGCAGGAAAUUGUAGAGGUACAGUCUGCUAUCACUUCAGUUAAAAAGCACCAUGAAGAGGAUGAUGAAGAAGAUGAAGAUGAAGAGAAAAUAGCAAAAGAUACUAACUUGCCCAAUUACCUGCUUGGUAGCCUGAGUCCUGAAUUUGGGGUAGAUACCUCUUUAUUGUCAAGCCAAUUGGAACUUCAUUCCAGAGAGGAAAAAGUCAACCAAAUUAUAUUACUAAAAGAUAUCAUUCACAAAGUCAAAACUGCUUUCAAUGCUGAGUUUGAUACAGCAUUUAAGCAGAAGGAGUUUGAAAUCACACGUGUGAAAGAAAGAAAUGUUAGAAUUGAAGAAAUUAUUGCAGACCUCCAAUUGGGAGAAAAAGUCUGGCAGCCAGUAUUUGAAGACUGUGAGAAGCCAGAAAGAACCCUUGUUGUGACCGACGAUGAGAUUUCAAUUCAAAGAUAUCAUACUCUAUGGAAAAAACCCAAAUCAGAAUUGACCUUGGCACAUGAAAUGGAACAGUGGCAUCAGGCACGGGCCUCGGAUGCCAGACUCAGAGGCCUGAUGGACAUGAUGGGAGGUGUUCUGGAAGUCAAGAAGGAGGACAUUUUGAGAAUGGUGAUUCCUCAACCUGCUUUCAUGAUAAAACCUGAUACUCUGUGGACUGAAGAAGAAAGGAGACAUUUCAGAGAUUAUGAGAAAAAAGUCAAAGAGUUAAAUGAGGAAAGAGAUAAGUACAGAAAGUCACUGGAAGCAGAACUGAAGAAACUUCAAAACUCUAUUCAAGAGAGCACACAGAACUUCGAUGAUUAUUUGAAAAGACUCCUUGAAAGGAGAGUGAAGGCGGAGAUGGUCGUCAACCAGGAGGAAUUGAAAAUAAAUAAUCUCAUCUUUUCUUUAUUGCUGGAUGAAGAAUUAAACUCCAGAGAACGGUUUCUGAACAAUUACCUUGUAAAAAAGCAGGAGGAAAAAAGCCAGACUUCAGAAGCCGUUCAGAAAGCUAAAGAAGAGGUGGAUUUGUCCAAGGAACAACAUGACAACCUGCUGGCAGAAGACAAAAUUCUAGAUCGCAGCUUUAGAAAGGAAUUUUCUGAGAUUCCCAGUCAUCAGGUGGAUGUACUCUACAAACUUUUUAAACGUCGGCCAAGGUUUCACAAACAGAAAACACCUACAGAUGUGGGCAAUAUGGUCCCUUUUGGAGAUCACACCGGAGCUGGCAAGUUGAAUAAGGACAAUUUUGCCCAGUUAAUGAAAGGCAUGGAUGACUUGGAUAAUAUCAACAACAUGCCAGACGGCUUGGACCCAAAUGUCUGGGAACAUUUCUGCACAACCAGACGAGCAAAAGUGGAAAAUGAGUAUAAAGUGAAGCAGAAAUCUGCCAGCUUACUUGAAAUGACGGCUUUUCUCCGGAAGAGAGUCGAUGAUGACGAGACCGUGCAACACGAGAUUGAAAGAGUGUUCCAUGAGCUGCUCCGAUUACAGGAAGAAAAGGCAAGGUUCCAGAUCAAUUUGACAAUACAAAUUCUUCUUAAACAAGGACAAGUAGAACUGGAGAAUUUCCAGUUAAUUCUGGAAUAUUCUGAUGCAAUUCUCAUCAAUAAGAACAUAAUUGAAGACUUGAAUUCUAUUAUUCGGACUCAAGGGCAAAAAAAGGUUGCUAGCAUGAUGGAAAGUAAAGAGGUACACAAAGGAAUAUAUCAGAUUGAGUGGGAACACAAGAAAAUGGAAAUGGAAAUGGAAGAUCUAAACCAGAAGGCUUGGGAUAUUCAGAUGCUGUUUUUUUCAAGAGAUCGUCAAAAGUUCCUAAAUGAACCAAACUAUGAGUCUCUGAUUACUCUUGAGAUUGGAAUAAUGGAGCAAACCAUCGCUGUUCUAGACAAGACCCACAAAAAGAAUGUAGAAAACUGCAAAAAACUACUCAAAAAAUUGGGAAAAUUCAGCAGUCAAAAAGAUGCAGCUAAUUAUUCUCUAAGUUGCAAUCUACGAGAAGAAUUAGUAGCUGUCUCAGAAAGAAAAGAUAUUUGCAACUCAAUAGGGUCUAAACUGACUUGUGAAAAGAUUGCCAAAAAUCGAUAUGAAAACACGAUGCAGCAACAGAAGUUGACAAAUAUUUCAAAGCAGCAAGCUGAGCAGAUUUCAAUACUGCAGGCUGAAGUUGAAAGAUUAAGGAUGAAAGCAUUUCCUGCUCUUGUUCCAAUGUAAAAUGAUAGCAGGAGAAACAUGCCAAACCAAUCAUUUCAAAAUAACUUCAUUUGGAUAAAGUGACUUCUUUUUCUCUCCAGAGAAUUUGAGUAAGAUGAUCAGCUCUUUGUUGCAUGUUUUUAAUAGCAAAGUGUUAAAUUUUAGCCUUCAUCUGUAUACAAAAUUUUGUCCUUAAUUAAUAAAUGUGUAAAAUGCCAA